AUGAGCGAAUACCAAACCAGCACCUUUGUUAAUCGUGCUUGCAUCUUCAUAAACUCAGGAAACGACCCCAUGAUUCAAAGUCAGGUUAUCGAUGAUUCGCAACAUCUUAUUAAAAUUCCAUUUCCACCAGAAAUUAAUCCACAAGAUUUGGUUAUUUUACAUCCUGAUGGUCGUGUUCCCAAAACUCCUAAUGCCUUUAUGAUUUAUCGAAAAUUGUUUGUUGAAACUGCUCGUGCUGGUGGUUAUAACUUGCCAAUGAAUAUUAUCUCCCCAAUGGCAUCUCGAUCAUGGAAACAAGAGCCUAAAGAAGUAAAAAAUGAAUAUAAGAGAAUCGCAAAGGAAGCAUUCAAUUAUCGUAAUGAAUUAUUUCCUAAACGAAAACUUCAAAGUAAGAAAGACCAAUGGAAAAUUAUUUCAUUUGAUAAACCUUCUGCUCGUAAAGUUAAAAAUACUAAACCUAUGAGAUCUGCUAAUAAAUCCACAAAACAUCAACGAUUUGAAUCAUUCACAUCUAAACUCCAAGUUACUCCUAAUGAUGUCGAUAUAAAUUCACCAAUUUUCAACCUUGAUUUAUUUACUGAUUGGACCGAAUUCUUUAACAAUCAAAAUACCUAUCCGAGCCCCAAUUUAUCAAUAAUUUCUAGUAGUAAUAGUUCUAGUUCAAAUGAUUUUGAUUUGCCGAUUCAAGCAGAUCAACAAGUCAAUAAUUAUAUCAUAAAUAACCUUUUAUUUAUUGGUGAAAAUCAGACCUCUAUCGACGAUAGCCAAUUCGAACUUGGAAUUUUUGAUUUUUCUAAUGUCAAUGAUAAUCCAUAUAAAAAUGAAAUCAUUGAUGUACAGAACACUUGCAAUUUUGAUAAUAUGGUCAAUUCCAAUGACCAAAUACCUUUCUUAUUAAAUACAACAAAUUUAUUAAAUACAACAAUAAAUCAAGAUUAUUUAAAUGAUGCAUUAAUUGCUUAUGAGAUGGGUUUUAACUACCCUAUCUAA